AUGAGUCCCUCCAUGCUGGACUUGGAUAGCCUGGUCAAAAGUCUUCCAGCUUGCAAGCGCUGCCGCGAGUGUCGCCGUGGCUGCGACACGCUGCUGCCAAAGUGCAGCUACAUCAGCGAACUGGUGGAUCAUGUGCGACGCAUAUCACCACAAGGCUGUUUACCAUCACCUGCUGCCUCUUCAGACACCCCGCAAACAAACAGCUCCGUUUCAAUAAUUAAACAGGAGACGCAAUCGUCAAGCUUGCCUCAAUUUGAGCACCAUUUCGCUUAUGCGGGAGACAGCUACCGCUACCUGGGAUCUGAAUCAUGUCUGCUAAAGUCUCCACGUCUGCACGCUAACAUCCCACCACCGUUCAAGUAUGACAAAGAUGACGAAGAGUGGCAGCUGGCAACCAAAGACUCCCCGGCAAAGCAAUGGGAGCUCCUUGAGCUCUUCAAGCAGACGAUACAACCCGUCUAUCCCGUCCUCGACAUGAAAUCCCGUUAUCUCGCUGCAGAUCUGCCUGCCGACCUGACCCACACUGAGCUCUUUUCCCUGUACAUGAUUUACUCCAUCUCCUGCUACAUACUGCCCAACACGGGUAACCGACGAGAUAAACAACAAACCUGGAAUCCUACAGGAAGGUUGUCUUACCACCAGGCCAACUCGAUCAAAUAUCGUGCUUUGGCAACCCAGUAUUUCACUAGAGCCAUGGAAUACCUCGAGGCAGCCACGAUGGAGCCGACCAUAGCGACGCUUCGCUCUGUUUUGCUCCUAGCAAUCAACAGCUCAUUCGAUCCCAAAACAGGCAACAUUGGCCAGCAAGUUGCUCUCGCUGCCCGCCUGGCCUUUGAUCUCGAGUCGAAGCGCGAGCUCCAGGAAUUGGAUGAGUACGAUGUAGAAUUACUACGUAGCAUGCACAUGACCAUCUACAGUCUGGAGAAUCAGAACUGCGAGAUUCUCUUUGAUAGGGCAAAGCCCGCAGAAUACAUGUGCUCCUUGUUCCGGCUGCAAAAUCGCUUCCGCUCAGGCGACGCAGCUACCAAGGAACAGGUCAAAAAACUCCUGCCCCUGCUCGACGAAUUCCACCAACAUCUACCCAUUGUCCGCAUCGUCUUGCACAUGACGCAUCUCCUGCUGAAUCCCGUGUGGGGAAGCGCAUGGUACGUGCUCGAAGCCGUUGUCAGUCUCGGAGGCAUCCACGUCUUCGUAACCCCCCAAUGGGUCUACCGAGCCGGCACCGUCCUCAUCCAAAACAUGCCUGCCAUCCUCGGCGGCAACCUCAUCCAACUCUACUCCAACGCCCUCCUCGUGCUCGAGCUCUCGUCGUGGAAAUGGCCCAGUUCUGCUGCGCUCGCUGCUUCGCUUGUCGACCUGAUGCAAAACAUGAAACUCAAAUAUAGGCCAGAGUGGUCCGAUACAUUACAAUCCGGCGACGUAAGGAUAUGA